GGCCGGGAGCCGCGGCCAACCGGAGCGUACCGGGAGCGGCGGCGGCUCCGCGCUCCGCUCCGCCGCGGUCGCCUUUGUCCCUCCUCCCGGCCGCAGCGGCGGCGGCAGCGGCGGCCCCGGCGGCCCCGGCGGCCCCAUGCACCGGCCCCGCCGCCGCCGCCGAGCCCCGCACCAUGCCCGAAGCGGCGGCGGCCGCGGCGCAGGACGGAGAGCGGCCCCGGCGGGGCCCGGCCGCGGAGGAGCGAGCGGAACCGGCGGCGCCCACCGGAGUGCUGGAUAAACUCUUCGGGAAGCGGCUGCUCCAGGCCGGGCGCUACAUCAUGUCCCACAAGGCCUGGAUGAAAACGGUGCCCACGGAGAACUGCGACGUGCUGAUGACAUUCCCGGACAGCACGGAUGACCACACGCUGCUGUGGCUGCUGAACCACAUCCGCCUGGGUAUCCCCGAGCUGAUCGUGCAGGUGCGGCACCACCGGCACACGCGUGUCUACGCCUUCUUCCUCACCGCCACCUACGAGAGCUUGCUGCGCGGGGCGGACGAGCUGGGGCUGCGCAAGCCGGUGAAGGCGGAGUUCGGGGGCGGCACCCGCGGCUUCUCCUGCGAGGAGGAUUUCAUCUACGAGAACAUCGACAACGAGCUCGGCUUCUUCAGCUCCCAGGAGCGGCAGAGCAUCAUCCGCUACUGGCUGGAGAACCUGCGGGCCAAGCAGGGCGAGUCCCUGCACAACAUCCACUUCCUGGAGGGCCAGCCCAUCAUCCCGGAGCUGGCCGCACGGGGGGUGAUCCAGCAGCUGUUCCCGCUGCACGAGCAGAGGAUCCUCAAGCGCCUGAUGAAGUCCUGGGUGCAGGCGGUGUGCGAGGCGCAGCCCCUCGAUGACAUCUGUGACUAUUUUGGGGUGAAGAUCGCCAUGUACUUCGCCUGGCUGGGCUUCUACACCUCGGCCAUGGUGUACCCGGCCGUGUUCGGCUCCAUCCUCUACACCUUCACCGACAGCGACCAGACCAGCCAGGACAUCUCCUGCGUGGUCUUUGCCAUCUUCAACGUCAUCUGGGCCACGCUGUUCCUGGAGGAGUGGAAGCGCCGCGGUGCCGAGUUCGCCUACAAGUGGGGGACCCUGGACACCCCCGCAGAGUCCCUGGAGGAGCCGCGGCCCCAGUUCCGGGGCACCAAGCGGAUCAGCCCGGUGACCAGCGCUGAGGAGUUCUAUUACCCGCCCUGGAAGCGCCUCCUUUUCCAGAGCCUCGUCAGCCUCCCCAUCUGCCUGGCCUGCCUCACCCUCGUCUUCCUCCUCAUGCUCGGCUGCUUCCAGCUCCAGGAGUUGGUGCUCAGCAUCCAGGAGCUGCCGCGCGUCCUUCGCUUCCUGCCCAAAAUCAUCCUGGCUGUCAUUGUCACCACCUGUGACGAGCUCUACAAGAAAGUGGCCUUGUGGCUCAAUGACAUGGAGAAUUAUCGGCUGCAGAGCGCCUACGAGAAACACCUCAUCAUCAAAAUGGUCCUGUUCCAGUUCGUCAAUUCCUACCUGAGCCUUUUCUACAUCGGAUUCUACCUCAAGGACAUGGAGCGCCUCAAGGAGAUGCUGGCCACGCUGCUGAUCACGCGGCAGUUCCUGCAGAACGUGCGGGAGGUGUCGCAGCCGCACCUGUACCGGCGGCUCCGGCGCGGCGAGCUGAGCGUGCGGAGCCUGCGGGAGCUCGGGCGGGCCCUGCUCCGCCUGCUCGCCCCGCGGCCGCCCCCGCACGGCCCUGCGGAGCGCGGCGAGAAGAAAUGCCUGAACGGCGGCUGCGGCGUGCCCGAGGAGGAGGAGGAGGAGGCGGCAGGGGAGGAAGAGCGGCGCGGCUCGGACUCGGAGGAGGAGAGCGCGCUGGACUGCGGGCUGAAGCUGAAGAAGGUGAGCUUCAUCGAGCGCGCCGAGCGCCGCGCCGAGCCCGCCGGCACCGAGGACGAGCCCUUCCUGGAGGAGGGCAGCCCCACCAUGGUGGAGAAGGGCAUGGACCCCGCGGCCGUGUUCGAGCUCUGCGAGGACGAGGAGGAGGCCGAAGCGCAGCCCGGCAGCCCCGGCAGGGCGGCGGAGCCGGCGGUGCUGGCGAGGAGGAGGAGGAGGGAGGAGGAGGAGGGCGAGGAGGAAGGGAGGAAGCGCAACCGCGCCUCGUGGAUCGACCCCCCCGAGGAGGAUUACUCCACGCAGCUGACCCAGGCUGAGGUGGAGAGCUGCAUGAAGAAGUAUGAGGACACCUUUCAGGACUACCAGGAGAUGUUCAUCCAGUUUGGCUACGUGGUGCUGUUCUCCUCGGCCUUCCCGCUGGCGGCCGCCUGCGCGCUGCUCAACAACGUCCUGGAGAUCCGCAGCGACGCCUUCAAGCUCUGCACGGGCCUGCAGAGACCCUUCGGGCAGCGCGUGGCCAGCAUUGGCCACUGGCAGAAGGUAAUGGAGGCCAUGGGCGUCCUGGCCAUCAUGGUUAACUGCUACCUGAUCGCUCAGUGUGGGCAGCUGCAGCGCCUCUUCCCUGGGCUCAGCCCCCAGGCCGCCAUCGUCUGCGUCGUGGUGCUCGAGCACUUCGCCCUGCUCCUCAAGUACGUGAUCCAGGUGGCCAUUCCCGACAUUCCCGCCUGGGUGGCUGAGGAGAUGGCCAAGCUGGAGUACCAGCGCCGCGAGGCCUUCAAGAAGCACGAGCGGCAGGCCCAGCACCAUUUCCAGCAGCAGCAGCGCCGCAAGCGCGAGGAGGAGGAGCGGCAGCGCCACGCCGAGCUCCAGGCGCGCCGCGACCGCGACCCCGCCCGCGACGAGGCCGCCAAGGCCGGGGACACCGGGCAGGACCCGGCGCACGACAAGGGCCAGGCCAAGGGGAAAAGCUCCGGCGGCUCCUCCGCGCACGGCCCCGACAAACCCAAGCGGCCCAGCUCGCUGCUGGCCACCAACAACGUGAUGAAGCUGAAGCAGAUCAUCCCCCUGCAGGGCAAGUUCCUGUCCGGGGGCACCGGCGCGGCCGGCACAGCCACCGCCAGGUCGCCGCAGUCGCCCACGGGCAGCGAGAACAAAUUGCCGGGGUUCCUGAGCUUCAAAUUCCUCAAAUCGCCCGAGACUAAGCGGGACGCGGGCACCGAGAAGGUGCAGUCGCCCACCAAGCCCUUCAACCCCGGCAAGCUCUUUAAUUUCGGCAAGUCCGAAGGGCUCGGUGCCAACGGGGGCGCGGCCGGAGCGUCCCCGCAGCCCCGCGCGGGGCCCUCGGCGGACGCGGGGCCCGGGAAGUCGCAUCUCAACGAGGAAGGGGCGCGGGAGGAAGCGGAGAACCGGGCGGAGGAGGAGGGCGGCGGUGCCCGGCUCUGACCGGGGGCUCCGGGGGGUCGGGAGGAGCCGGGCGGGGGAGGAGAGCGGCGGUGCCCGGCUCUGAGCGGGGCUCCGAGCGCACGGGGAGCCGGAGAACCGGGCGGAGGAGCAGGAGGGCGGCGGUGCCCGGUUCUGAGCGGGGCUCCGCCGGUUCCGGCCGUUCCGGGCGCCGCCCGGUCCCUGCUGCGCGCGGCCGUGGCCGUCGGGAGCCUCUCGCCGCCGCUCGCCCGCGGGGCCGGGCCGGGGGCCGCCAGCGCCGCGCUCCGCUCCGGUGCUCUGUGCUGUGUGUCCCCGCCGUGUCCCCCCGGUCCCCUGGGCUGUGUCCCCCCGUGUCCCCCCGGUCCCCUGGGCUGUGUCCCCCCGGGUCUCCCCGGCCCCGCCGCGCGGAGCCGCCGCCACCGCCCCGGGAGCCGCGGGGGGACGGCGGGGGAGGCCUGAGAGCGGCGGGGCGGCGAAAUCCCGGGACCGGGGGCACGGCGCGAGUUAUCCCGGUGCGGCCGGAACAUCCCGGUGCGGCCGGAGCAUCCUGAAACUUCCUGGGCUCACCGGGGGCAGUUACCCCGGCUUCCAUGGGAACCGGGGGCAGUGAUCCCGGUUUUUGGAGCAUCCCGGUUUUCCAUGGGAACCGGGGGCAGUGAUCCCGGUUUUUGGAGCAUCCCAAACUCUCCCACACUCCGUUUCCUCCAGAGACGCCGCGCUCCAGCCUUUGGAUCCCCGGGAGCCACAUCCCGCUCCUGGAAUUCCCGGGAUCCCCGGGACGAGCCCGAUUCAGCCGUGCCUCAACCCUGCUCCGCCCGCUCCCCCCGCCUGGAUCCCGGAUCCCAAUCGCGGAUCCCAAUCCCAAAUCCGGGAGAUCCUUCCCGGGAGUUCUCCAGCCGGGAAUGGGGCGCAUUUCCCGGGAAUGCCGUGCAUGGGCAGCGUUUCUUGCACUAAAUCCCAACCCCGAUCCCGCCGCCGGUGCCGCUUCUCCCAAAUCCCAAACCCCAGCGGGACAUUCCCGGCUCCAGCUCCGAAUUCCCUGGAAUUCUGUCGCAAUAAAGGGCGGGACAAGGAGGGGACACGGGGAGGGACAAUGCGGGAGGGGGUGGGAGCCGCUUCGCUGCUGCCGCGGGAAGGAAUUCCUGGAUUUCCCAGAUUCCCGGGAUUCCCUGGAUUCCAGCGGGAUCCAUGCUGGGAAUGCGCUCCCUCCUUUCCCUGCUUCGCUUCGCGGGGUUGGUGGCACUUGAAGACAUCCAUUCCCAAAGGGAAAAAUCUGGGAAAAGAGGGAAAAGCUGGGAAAAGGGGGGGAGGGGGGGAAGUGGUCCCAAGCCCCCUCCUGUUCCCUCUUCCCAAAAAUCAGGUUGGAAUUUUUUUCGGGUUUUUUUCUCUCCUCCUCUUUCGAAGAAUCCAUGGAAUUUUGGGGUUUGGUUUUUUUUUUUUUUGGGAUCCCAAAUGGAAGCCAUUUUCCAGAGCAAUAAGGGCAGGAAAACCCGGGAUUCCCAAAGGGAAAAGCUCCGUGUUCCCACUCCGGGGUGGGAAAAAUCCCGGUGGGAUCAGGGAUGGGGAUUGGGAAGGAAAAUUUGGGAACUGGGGAUGGAAACUGGGAUUAGGGACAGAAUUUGGGAAUGGGGGUGGAGAUUUGGGAAUUGGAGAUGGAAUUUUGGAUUGGAGAUGGAGAUUGGGGUUGGGGACUUUGGGAUUUGGGAACAGGGAAGGAGAUUUGGGAAUUUGGGAAGGAGAUUUGGGAACGUGGAUGCAGGAGGAUCCCAAUCCCCCCACCUGCCCUGGCCGGGAUUGUCCUGGAGAGAUCCUGGGGCAAAUCCCAGGAAAAGGGAGCCCUGGGAACGUUGGGAAUUCCAGGAGGCUCCGGCUCCUCCUCACUCCCUCAUCCCACGGGAUUUUCCCAAAAAUCCCCGGGAAUGGCUUUGAUCCCAUUUCCUUCUGGAGUGGAGAAUUCCCAGAGGGAAAAGCCCCAAAUGUGGGAAAUUUUCAUCCCUUUCCCAAAAAACCAACAAAAAGAACCUCUGGAAUUUCGGAGGAGGGAAAAAUUUGGGAAUGGUUUUUCCUUUGAUUUUUUUCCUUGGAGUGUGAAUUCCAUGGGAAUUCCAGGAAAGGAAGGAAAGGGAGGGGUUAGGGGGGGUUUAAUUUAUU